GUCUUUUGGGCAAAAGCUGCCCAAUAUUAAACAGAUACCAAAGCUUCAUUGCAGCAAUUUCAAUUUUACACUCUUUUGUUGAACUCGCAAACCGACGGAACGCCGUUUCUCUUGCAGAACCGGGGGUCUUUGCGGCGGCGCCUUCAGGCGAAAUCGCCGAUCCGGGGGAAGGGAGAUGCAGUUCUUCGGGGGCUCCGACAUCAGCCCGUCGCCGCCCGCGCCGACGGCGGCGGGGCACAACGCGAACGUGAUGUACGUGUUCAACCGGAACGGCGCGUGCUUGUUCUACAGGGAGUGGAACCGCCCCCUCCGGACCCUGAACCCCCAGCAGGACCACAAGCUGAUGUUCGGCCUCCUCUUCUCCCUCAAAUCCCUCACCGCCAAGAUGGAUCCCACCACCUGUGGGGACAAAGGAAAUCUUGGGGUGCCGCAGUUACCAGGCCAGGGUUGUUCAUUUCGCAGUUUCCGCACUAACACAUACAAACUUAGUUUCAUGGAAAGUCCUUCUGGUAUAAAGAUAAUAUUGGUUACACAUCCUAGGACCGAUGAUCUACGGGAAGCUUUGAAGUAUAUAUACAGUCUCUAUGUUGAAUAUGUGGCUAAAAACCCUCUCUAUGCUCCAGGAACUCCUAUCAGCUGUGACCUUUUCAAUACAAGUCUUGACCAAUCUGUAAGGAGCAUUUCGUAAAACCUCGGUAUGGAG